AUGUCUCCAUUACUGAAUUCUCGUGCCAAAGGCGCUAUCUGGGGCGUCUGCGUAGCCGACGCACUCGGUGGCCCUAUACAAUUUCAACACGCAGGAACAUUCGAGCCGAUCACAACCUUAAGAUAUGUCGCGCCCUUCCAUCAACCAGCUGGGUCCUACUCCGACGACGGAUCUAUGACUCUAGCUUUGGCGUGCUCCUUCUCCAAAUCCGAGAUGCAAUACAACCAUACACUGUCAAUCCAAUACUUUGUCGAGUGGCUGACCAAUGGCAGUUUCAGCACCGUCAAUCACUCGUGGGAUGUAGGACGCUCCACUCGCACCUCCCUGAGGCAGUGGAUUAAGUAUGGCAUGCAGGAAGGAAAUUUUGAACUUGCCCAGACGAUGGUCACUGGGGCAUUGGAUUACGAGGAGUUCUCUGGGAAUGGGAGCUUGAUGAGGAUCGUUCCUAUUGGGGUCGUUUACUGGUACGAUUCUACAUUGGCUCGGAAAGUUGCCAGAAGACAUAGCCAGAUCACUCAUCCUUCACUCGCGUGUGUGGAAGCCUGUGAAGCGUAUACGGAGUUGGUUUACUUGCCACUGACUUUCCUUUCAGGCGAAACGAAGAAGCAGCUCUUCCACGCACUCUCUGUGUUCCCCUUUACUCACCCUGCUCUGAAGAUGCGCAUCUCACUGUACAGAUACAGAACAAUCAACGACUGGAAAAUCAAGGCGCCUAGUGAUAUGACUAGUAGUGGAUGGGUUGUUGAUACACUUGAAUGUGCCUUGUGGGCAUUCUUCAAGUAUGACACCUGGAAGGAUGGGGCGUUGGCAGUAGUCAAUCUGGGUGGUGACUCGGAUACUGCAGGGGCUGUUUAUGGAGGUCUCGCCGGCUCGUUCUAUGGAUUUGACACUAUUCCCGAUGAAUGGGUGGCCGGGAUGCAGAAUAAAGAGUUUAUUGGAAGUAUUGCUGAUACACUGUCUGAUGGGAUCGCUUGUGAUUCUUGA